CGUAUUUCCACAGCAGCUGUCGCAAAUCCGAUAUUCUGAGCCCUGCCAACCAUCCCAGCCCCCAAAGUUACCGCCUUUAUCGUAUGCACACCAUACACACGGUCUAUACCCGCAAGAUCCACAAAUUGGCCUUUCUAGGGUGUCCGCCUUGCACGGACCACAUAUCCAUCCUUCGCCUGGGUCACAAUCGGGGGCACAGCAUCCACUAACAAGUGUACCGCACCCCGAACACGUAACAGCAUCGCAGAUGCCACAGAAGUGACGCUCAACUGCCCAACAGUCCUCGCACCAGUGCCAGGAGCCGUCGCAGAUAUCGCAAUACGGAUCGUCGACUCGCAUGUUCUCAACGAGCGUCGCGGAACUUCGGCUAUCGCGGCACUUUCGGCAUGAGUCGAUUUGGUGGCACUUGUCGCACCGGGCGAAGAUAUCUUGAGGGCAGGUGGGCCUUCGACACGAAGGGCAUUCCGGGUUUUUGAUCCUGGAUGUCUUCAGAUUUUUGUCGGAGCAUGCAUAACACCACCACUCUGUGUCCUUGCAAUCGCGACGAUGGGCAUGCACCGCAGCACACCUCUCCCCGCGGCUAGCGCAAAGCGAACAUCGUACAUCGUCGCGGCGAGGACAGUCAGGAUUUGCACACUUCAGAUUAUGACCGACAUGCGAGCCUAUGCAUUUGACACAGGCGAAAUAUUUGGGCGUGUGGGUACCAGGUCCGAGUGUGUGUUUCCCCGAGGAAUGAUGAGUGACGAGCGGUCCGAUGCCGUGACAAGUGCGCAGAUCGACGUUGAAGACAAGACGAUGGCAGGACGGACAUUUCAGGACCUUGGAUGCGCCACGGUAACAUAGACCACAAAGAGUCUUACCCCCGCUAACAGCAAAUCGGAGGAUAUCGUGCUUCGAUCCGACGCAACUUCGGUCAAGGCAGGAUACAACAGCGAGACAGCUGUCACACAUCAUAAGCUCCUUCCCACAGUCGAGAGCUUGACAUCGUCCUCGAAGUUUCAGGUCCACCUUUUCGGAUAAAUCCACACCAAUACGAGCUGCAUACUCCCUAAUGGCAUUGUCGCGGACCACAGCGCGGUGUCGAACCUCAUCGGGUUCUCUGGCUGUCGCCCCUCCCUCUUAUACCGUCUUAUGUCUCUUCGUCUCAUACUACUCGCUCUCCACGCCUAGAGUUGAUUUCCUCUUCUUAGGUUUCCUGAUUAGAUCAACAGGUGUAGACGCCAUGAGUGUAGAGCCAGACAGCAGUGCGCCGAACAAGGACAAAUGCGGCGAAUCAGAGGUGGUACGUAUGGUAACGAGCGGGGACUCUGAGUCAAGGUUCCUAACACCUCUCCGCGACACCUCUCCGCGACACCUCUCCGGAGAUUCGGGAAGCC